UAUGCCAAAGCAGAAUCCACCCGCCCCCCUAUAUUUUCAGUUGGGUUGAAUAAUGGAAACGGGAAGUAAUCAGGGCGCUAUGACCAAAAAGAUUAAAUCUUGCGAUGAAGAAGAUGGCAUUAGCUCUUUACCAGAUACCCUCAUCCACCACAUCCUUUCCUUUUUGUUAUCAACAGAAGAGGCUGUAAAAACUGGGAUUUUAUCUAAAAGGUGGCGAGAUCAAUGGACUUAUGUCCAAAAUCUCAAUUUCAAUUACCCUUACUGCUUCAGUGACGAAAAAUUGAAAUGCUUCUCCAAAUUCAUACAUAAUACUCUAGUUCUCAAUUCUUGUUCCAAGAUCAAUAAAUUCAGUAUCUCCCCAAGACUCAGCUCCGACAAGUACAUGAGUGAGUAUCAGUCUCAAAUAUCCUUGUGCAUGCGUUUCGCUAUAAAAAAAGAAGCAAAGGUGCUUACUUUGGAUUUUCAUCCCUCGAACCAGGGAUACCGUUUGCCGCAAUUCUUUUACAGCAAUGAUUCAGUGACUGAAAUGACACUAUCUAGUUGCGGCUUUUCGCUUAAUGCAGAUGUUAAUUGGAGAUCUCUUAAGGUUUUGUGUAUACAGUUUGCUUACUUGACUAAUCGAGUGAUUAAAGAUAUUCUAUCUGGUAGCCCCCAACUUGAAUCCUUUGAGUUGCAUAACUGCCAAGGUAUUGGUCAGCUUGAUAUUGCUUCUAAGUGUUUGAAAAGACUGGUUUUAGAUGGUAUUAAAUGGGCGCCACUGGAUGUGCUUGAAAUUUCUGGUCCUUAUCUUGAAAAAUUGGAAUUUUCGCACACUUGGGAAUUUAGAGGGGGUAUAUUAAUGAACUUGCCAUCUUUGAGUUGUGCUACUCUUGACUGUCAGAGAUUAAAUAGAAUGAAUCAUAUACGAGCUGAUGAUGAUUAUGAUGAUAGUGAUGAUGAUGAUGAUGAUGAGGAGGAGGAGGAGGAGGUUGAGGAGGAUGAAGAUGAGCACGAGGAAGAGGAAGAGGGCUACAAAAUUUUUGUGGAAGGGGUUCUUCAGCAGGUUCAACAUGUUGAGGAGCUAAAGGUAGGGGCUUGGUUCAUCCAGAGACUGUCAAUAAUGGAGGUGAAUGGUCAAACUUCUCCACUGUCAAACAGCAAAUGCUUAACUGUGAUUGUUCCUUGUUUUAUUACGGCCCUUCCUGGGAUUGCAAUCUUACUUAGCAGUUCACCUGGGCUAGAGAAAUUGCGUAUAAUGUUGGAAUCGGGCAAAAGUGGGCAGUGUGAAUUUCCUACAGGAUUUCAGGAAUUCAGUCUCUUGGUAGAGAAGUAUUGGAUGUCAUACAAGAAAACUAUUAAUCCUUUGUCGCAUCUCAAAACCGUUCAUAUUAUUGGCCUAAAUGCCGAUUACCCCGAGUAUAAACUUGUGCUGGAGUUUGCCGAGUUUCUACAUGGGAAUGCUAGAGUGUUGGAGGAGAUGAUGAUAGCUGAACAUGCUAGCAGAAUAGAUUUUGUGCAUGAAGUUUCUCGAAAGUUGUGGAGCAUGCAGAGAUCUUCUCCUAAUACUAUUGUAAAGUUUCACCGUGAUGUUGAAGAAUUCUGUUGAUUCUUUCUUCAAUACGCAAGCAGAUGCCUGUCUGUUCAUAGUAAUGACUAUGCUUAUGGGUUCCAUGCUAUGGUUCUGUUUUCCUCUUUGUGGAUAUUGAACAGCAAUUGAUACUCUGGUAUAUGUUAUAUUUUAAACUUGAGGUUGCCGCUGAUGCAUAUAGUUUCUAUUCAAAUAUAUAUUUUUCA